UCAAUUUUGACCUAGGUAAAGCUAGCGGACACUUCCAGCAGAAAGUUACCAAUUGAAGCGAAUUUAUGCAAGAAAUAUUUUUUUCUCAUCCAAUUCAAUUUUGUUAUGAAAUCUUAACCAGAUUUGCUUCUGAGAUAUUUGGUUGUGUCUGAUCAGAAAUUUUGUCAAUUAGGUUAAUCUUCAAAAUAAACUAAAGUUUCAUAAUGUCAACAAUUGAAGAUAGCCCGUCACAAUCUUUCCCCGAUGAGUCAGAAUUUAAAGAAAAUAACGGAACAUCUGGUGAGGAAAGUGGGAAUGAUAGCACAGCGAAAGAUAAUGACGACGAUGAACUUUAUAUUCCGUCAGAUGAAGAAGAUAUUCCUGAACAGUCGAUGAUUACGAAGGAAAUGGUGGAAGAAGAGGAAAUGCUGGAAAAGAAAGAAAUGAAUUUGGAUGAAAAGAUUGAAGAUUUUAAACCGAUCUCAACAGGGGAGAGAUUGGACAGAUUGGCAUUGCUAUUACAAAAGAGCAAAGUUUAUGCGAAUUCAUUGUUGAAAGUGAUCGAGAAAAAAAAAGAAGUUGAGAGAAAAAAAGCCAAAAAGAAAGAAAAAUUAUUAAAAAAGCAAAAAUUAAUGAAAAAAGGUGAUUUAGCUUCAAAUACUGCGCUCAAAAGACAGAGAAGUCCAAACUCUGAUGAGAAGAAUCGAAAUAAAAGGAUAAAGCUCACAGAUGCAAAAGCAGAUUCAUCGCAUAAUGAUAUGCUACAACAGAAGCUUUAUCUACCGACGCCAGAAAAUAUUGUUUCGCAAAUAAUUGAAGUUGAUGGGAUUCGAUAUUAUGGGAAUAAAAUGGUCGAUCUCAGUCAGCCGUCUCUCCUCACCGGCGGAAUGCUACGGAAAUAUCAGAUUGUCGGGUUUCAAUGGUUGAAAGUCUUGUUCACAAAUGCUGUCAAUGGAAUACUAGCUGAUGAAAUGGGACUUGGUAAAACUAUCCAAUGCAUUGCCUUGAUUUGUCAAAUAAUUAAAAUGGGAUUCAAAGGCCCGUUCAUUGUCUGUGCACCUCUGUCUACGAUAGCAAAUUGGAUUAACGAAUUCAAAACUUUUGCGCCGCAGAUCCCGCUGCUUCUGUAUCAUGGAAACGCGACUGAGCGAGCGGUCUUAGCGAGACAUAUCAAAGAUAUUGGUCAGUGUGUUGAAUCACAUCCAGUUGUGAUAACGUCGUACGAGAUUUUAAUCAAUGAUAGAGCUGUUUUAUCAGCUUAUCACUGGGAAUAUCUGAUAUUAGAUGAAGGACAUCGCAUCAAAAACACAAAAUGCAGACUUCUAAAAGAGUUGAAACAGUUGAAUAUCGGUGCAAAACUACUUCUCACCGGAACGCCAUUGCAAAAUAACCUAACGGAACUUUGGUCUCUUCUGAAUUUCAUUAUUCCGGAAGUAUUUGACGACCUCCGAGUGUUCGAGUCAUGGUUUAACUUCGGUGAGACUGGAUCGAAAGGCUCGUCUGAGUUUACAUUAGAUCAGGAAGAGAAAUUUCUUUCCACCAUGUAUGAAAUCUUAACCCCUUUCCUGCUACGCAGAGUUAAAAACGACGUUGAUAUAGACUUGCCACCAAAGAAGGAAGUGGUAGUCUACGCACCAUUUUCACAAAAACAGAAAACGUUUUACAAAGCAGCGACGACGAAAACGAUUCAAAACCUAUUUGAAAAAAACAAAACGCCCGGACCUGAUUUGAAAUCUCUGAUGGACAUUUCCAAUCGAAAUCGCCAGACACGAAGUAAAACCCUUGACUCGAGAAUAGAGAAUGAACGAGCGAAAAACUCGGUUUAUUGUGAGGACACUGAGAUCAAUGUCUCUCUGAAUAACAUCGUCAUGCUUUUGAGGAAAUGCUGCAACCAUCCUUACCUCAUUGAGUACCCUCUAAUUCCUGGGACAGAUAUUUUCAAAGUUGAUGAAAAUCUAGUAUCGGCUAGCGGUAAAUUAAUGUUGUUAGAUCGACUAUUACCGAAAUUGAAAGAGCAUGGCCACAAGGUGUUGAUAUUCAGCCAAAUGACUAAAAUGAUGGACAUAUUGCAGGAUUAUUGCGGUCUGAGACAAUACACCACCGUACGAUUGGAUGGCUCAACAAAUAUGCAAGAUCGUCAACAAAAUAUAAAAAAUUUUAACCGUGAUCCUGAUAUUUUUGUGUUUCUGUUAUCUACCAAAGCAGGGGGGUUGGGAAUCAAUCUAACCAGCGCUGAUACGGUGAUUAUUUACGACUCGGAUUGGAACCCGCAGAACGACCUUCAAGCUCAAGAUAGAUGUCACAGGAUCGGCCAAACGAAGCCCGUCAUGAUUUAUCGCUUGGUGACCGCUUCCAGUAUUGACCAAAGAAUGGUUGAGCGUGCAGCGGAGAAACGUAAGCUGGAAAAAUUAGUGAUGCAUGAAAAUAAAUUCAAAGGAAAUCUAGACUUGGAAUUGAAACACAAAACUACAAUAGGACGUAGCGAACUUUUGGAAAUGAUCCGAUCUCCUCAUUUUAAUGCGGUUGUCAAUUCCCAAGACAUCAUGACCGAUGAACAACUGGAGAAAUUGCUUGAUCGCAGUUCUUUAACAAAUUAGUGUGAAUCUGGGAUUGAGCAAAAUUAAAAAUAUUCGAAAGUUAGCUUUAGAGCUGACAUAAACAAACUAGCGCCCGUUGGAUAAUCCAAUCUGGCCCGCCUGAUGCUGCCACAACCAAACUAAAACCAAAUUUUGAUUUUCAAGCUAAAAAUAGGAAUAUGUUGAGAUUGCGAAUAAAUUUAGUUUGGCACAAGGCUUAUUGUUUUCCACUUUUGCUUAUGUAACACUGCAAAUGCAAUUCAAGUUCAUAAAAUGUAACUUUUUAUGUCACACUUACAUGGUCACUCUAGGUGUGCAAGAAUUUUGGCCCCUGGUUCGAAAACCUUGCCCAUCCCCUGAUCUAGAGACUCUUCUAACUUUUUCGCUCUGAACAAGACCCCAAUAAUAUACUUGGGUGAGGCCUAGUGUUUGCAUAAUCAAUGAAUGUCUCUCCUAACAAGGCGUUGCACAAGUUUCCACUGCCAGAAGCUACUGAAUUUUGAAAGACAAUUAUGAAAUAUGAAAAUAUCGCCCUGAAAACCUGAUUCAUUGUUAUGUAUAGCAGUUGUUUUUGCUUUUCUGUGUCUCAGGACAGCUAUAAUGCAGACACUCGAAUGUUUGAACUUCAUAGCGAUGUCGAUCAGUAACUUAUUUUUAUCGCUAAAAAUAUUAGUAUUUUGAAUAAAACAUGACCGUAGGUUUUCCUAUAUUGAGCAUUAAUCAUGAUUUAUUAACAAUUUAUGCCGCUCCAGAAGUAUGUGUACCAAUAUGGAGGUAACUAAUUUUGUUCGCCUAUCAAGUCGUAUGAAGGGACUGAAACCUAUGGGCAGGAGAUAUAUUCACUUGGCCAAUGCAGACAGUCCCCGAACUCGUAAUAUAACUAAAAUAAAAGAAAUCUGAAUGAAAUUGUGGCUUAACCUUAACCUGGUACACACACUACGGGAGCACCACCAUUUCAAUAAUGUUCUUUUGAUUAUUAGUAGUACAAAGUUCUUUUUGUAAUUUUUCGUUUUUCAAUGUUUCAAAUCUGUUUAAAACUGCCAAAGUUAAUGUGAACAGUUUUUGUUAAUGUGAAAGUUUCGAUUUUUUUAAAUUUUUGAAUAUAUGUAGGAAAUUUUCGCAUCACUGAAAAUCAUAUCUCUGUUUUUUUGUUAUAGCAAGUUUAUGUGUGGCCGUGCUGCACUGUUCUGUUAAUAUUUCUGUAUCAUAACACCAAGCAUUGAAUAUUUCAUAACAAUUUUCAUUCCUACUUUUCAGA